GAAUCCAUUCAGCUGCAGCCUUGUAGUCUACACUGCGCUUUCCUUUUAAAAGCCCAGUUGAGAUUUCUCCUUCCCCGGCUGCCGGCGUUGGCUUAGAAAGGUCUAGGGCGUCGAUCUUCUUCCUUCCGCCGUCGACAAUGAAGCUCGUCAGGUUUUUGAUGAAAUUGAACAAUGAAACUGUAUCCAUCGAGCUCAAGAAUGGAACCAUUGUUCAUGGAACCAUUACAGGUGUGGAUGUAAGCAUGAAUACUCAUCUAAAGAUGGUGAAGCUUACAUUGAAAAACAAAAACCCUGUGACUUUGGAUCACCUGAGUGUGAGGGGUAACAACAUUCGUUAUUACAUCCUUCCCGACAGUUUGAAUAUCGAGACAUUGCUGGUUGAAGAUACUCCUAAGAUCAAGCCAAAGAAGCCGAUUGCUGGAAAACCGAUGGGCCGAGGGAGAGGAAGAGGUCGUGGGCGGGGUCGUGGCAGAGGGCGCUAGUUGCAAUUUUUGGAAACAUGUUUUCAUGUGCUCGGAUUUUCGAUCUUGUAUUGGUUAUGUCUUAGUUUCUGUGGUUUCUUUGUGAUAUCACUUCUUGAAGAAAGAUUGUUGUUAAUUACUAUUAAGACUUGUAUUUAUGAGUUUUUUCUUUAACUCAAACAUUACUAAUACUCUACAUAAGAAAAAAAACAACCCAACUGGGAAGCUAUGUGUUCAAAUA